CAGGGACUGUUCGGCGAACCUGUAAAAUAGCAAGGCUGUCGCAGCGUUCUGGUACGCUAUGGUCUCAAAGAAUCUUGCCUCGUUCACCACCUGCGUAGUUCGCAGGCAUGUUCGUCCAGACCCCUAACCCUGACCUUCGACCCUUUUUUGCGGCGCAUGUGAAGCCUCAGGCUCGCUGGGCCAAUGUAUUGCGUUGAAGCAAAAGCUCCCCACUUCUUUGCUUCGCAACGGAACCAGCCUACAACGCGAUGACCUUGUUCAUCGAAAUACCAGACACUUUGGCCUGGCGCAAAUCUCAUGCUCGCCGGAAAAAACUUUCCGCUCGUCAAAUCCAAAAAUGGCAUCCCCAGAGAACAACGGCCCCUCGGCCCCGGAAUCACCCGUUCUCGAAGGCCGCGACUCGCCAGACUUGCCCCUCACGAUGACGGCCUCAACCAUGCUUAUGGCGCUCCCGCGCGACGCCACGGCCGCGCUCGCUGCGGCCGGGGGGUUUCCGCAUGAGAAGGUUGUAGUGCGCUUCAAACCAGUCGGGUCGGCACCGCCAAUUCGGCGGGAUCUGGUCAAAGUCCAGAGCACGCACAAGUUCGAGAACGUUGUGGCAUAUCUGCGCAGGACGCUCAAGAUUGCCGAGACGGAGAGCGUGUUCUUGUACGUCAACAGCACGUUCGCCCCAGCACUGGAUGAGGUGGUGGGGAACUUAUGGACAUGCUUCAAAGACUCUAGCGGGCACCUCAACGUCUCGUACUCGGUGACGCCGGCGUUUGGGUAGACAGUGAUGUCAUUCCCCACCAGUGGUGGCAGAUGGAUGGCAAUGACAGAACUCCAAUGGGUUGACCCGCUAAAUGCAAUCCGCUACAGAGCUCGCUACCAACGGA